AUGGGAUAUCAAUCUGUAGAAGAAUCUCUCUUCGCUCAAUCACUAGAUGUUUCUCCAAUAAACGGCCAAAUUUCGGUCACAGCUCACCAGGCACCACCACUGAACACUCUCAUCCACUCGCCACAUCCCUCUCAACUCCUGUCCUCUUCGCACUUACAACCACGCAAAUGCACCCCGGCAAAAAAACCGUACUCGACCCAGAACCGUACACCACUCAGAACUUUGGAGACUCUCACCCCUCCAGCCACACCCACACGCAACACAUCUUUAACGGUCGAAUGUCAAGUACGCGCCCGCCUUCCUACUUCCACUGGUGAACUCUUUCUGCAUUUAUACAAAAAUAACAGAGACUCUAAAGAACAUUUGGCCAUUGUGUUUGGCGAUGAUAUUAGGAGCAAGUCAUUAGAUGCUCCACGCCCGAGAGAGAGUGAGAUGGAUAGAAUAGUGAGAGGAGCAUACGUUGGAAGAUUAAGACCUGGUCAGAAAAGAUCGAAUGAAUAUAGUGGGAGUAACAAUAUAGAGAAAGGAAAUGUGAAUAAUGUGUUGAAUGGGAAUGCGUUAAAUACAACUAAUGAUACAAACACUGAGACUGUAUUGAAUACGAGUACAUUGAAUACAGCUAAUAAAAUCACGACUCCAAUUACAAAUACAAGCUCUUUACAGUUAUGCUCACCUCCGCUAGUGAGAAUUCAUUCUGAAUGCUUCACCGGCGAGACAGUCAACAGCGCACGUUGUGACUGUGGAGAACAACUGCAGGAAGCAAUGAGAUUGAUUCAGCAAGAAGGACGUGGAGUCAUUGUGUAUUUGCGUCAGGAGGGUAGAGGCAUUGGGUUGGCCGAGAAGUUGAGAGCCUACAAUCUCCAGGACUUGGGCCAUGAUACCGUGACUGCCAACAUACUCCUCCAUCACCCACCAGACUUGCGCAAUUAUGACAUCGCCACGCAAAUUCUCUCCGAUCUCGGCGUUACCACCAUCCGUCUGCUCACCAACAAUCCGGACAAAAUAGAGCAAAUCGAAGCUGAUGAGAUCAAAGUAAUUCAACGAAUUCCUAUGGUGCCGAAGGCAUGGCGGGAAGGGAAGGUCGAUCAGGAGAAACAAGGAAGCGAGCUUGAUAACUAUUUGAGAGUCAAGGUCGAGAGGAUGCGGCAUCUGUUAGAUAUACCUGGGAAUUUGUUAACGCAAGAAUCAGUUUCAUCAACUUUUUGGAGAAAUUAG